AUGAUUAGUGGUUGGAUGAUUGAUCCAACCAAUUAUAUCGGAUUCAUUUGCAAACUUCGUGCUUUUCUUGUAUUUUCAACAAGAACAAUUGCUGCAUGGUUAAUUGUAUUAGCCACUAUUGAUCGAUGGCUUUUAUCAAGUAUCGAUGUUCAUCGUCGACAAAGAAGCACAUUAAAGAAUGCUCAACGAUGGACAAUGAUUAUUGUCAUAUUUUCAAUUCUUCUCUAUGCUCAACAAUUUUAUUGCUAUGAAGCAAAUCUUAUGGAUACACCUCUGAAAUGUUAUGGUAAAACAGUCGUAUGUCGUUAUAUCACUGAUUUAUCAUUUGCUGUGAUUACAAUUUUAUGUCCGUUAUCUUGCAUGAUUUUAUUUGGUUUGUUAACUAUUUUAAAUGUACGUUAUUCUCAAGGUCGUGUUCAAGCAUUUAAAUUACAGAAUAUAAAUCCUAAUAUGAAUAAACCGGCAACAUCAACUAAUGGGAAUAUAGAAGCAAAAUCGAAACAGAAAAUAGAUCAUAGUCUUCUUCGAAUGCUUCUUAUUCAAGUUUUGCUUUUCAUUAUCUUUACAUUUCCAUUGUCUGUUCAAAAAUUUUAUUCAUCAUUUUCAGAAGAGAAUAAAUCUCGAAUCGAAACGGUCAUCAAUGGCUUUUUAUAUAAUUUAGCCGUUUUAAUUUAUUUUGUAUCGAAUGGCAUGCCUUUCUAUAUUUAUACAUUGUGUGGUGGAGCCGUGUUUCGAAAAGCAUUGUGUGAUUUUUUUGUAAUGACGAAACGCAAACUGAUGCGCCGAUAG